AUGCCUGUAUUUUACGAAUUACGUGACACACAGCUUUUUAUAAUUGUGAUGCCUUUACCACCAGCACUUCUUGCUCGACUUAAACGACGUGGAAUUAUUCAAGAAGAUGCUGCUGAAGAAGUGAUAGCAGAGAGCUAUGAUGCGGAAAUACCUACUGGAAUACAAAGUAACGUACGUCAAAAAACGGAAAAGAAUGCUUCGGGAGCUCGUGGAUGUCCGAAUAAAUGGAAUCCGUAUCACUACUGUGUACAAUUUUGCUAUGAUCAUUGGAAAGAUGGGACAAAUGAAAAUAGACUUACACAAAGAUAUCUUGAUCAGCGAGCUAAAAUUGUGAAGAAAUAUCCAUUGCCAAAUGGUUGGAAAGAAGUUUAUGACCCUGGUUGCAUGCGUCAUUAUUAUUGGUGUCCACGAACUGAUGAGGUAUCUUGGCUCCCUCCCAGACAUCCUUUGGCUGUUAUUGGAGAUGCUGCACCGAAAGUUGCGAAAGAGUUAUUUGAAAAAGGUGAAAAUACUAAUGGUCUUGGCGAGGGUAGAAAAGAUGGUAAUGAAAGAAAGGAUGAUGAGGAAAGAGAAGUUUACAGAGAGGAUCGGGGAGGUAUAAUCAAACGGUAUGAUGAAAACAGGUCGAAGAGAAAGCGAAGAGGUUCCAUAUCAGAUUCAGAAGUUAGCGAUCGUUUAUCAGCUUCUGAAAGUGAUGAGGAAAGCAGGCCUGAGCUGAAUGACAGAGAUAAGCUGAAACGUGCCAAACGAAAAGGAAUCGAUCCAAUGGAUCCAGCUGCUUACGGUGACAAUGUUCCUAUUGGUACAUGGAGUUCUGGUUUACAUGCCCACGAUAAAACAGGUGCCGAUGUUACAGCUAGUGGUCCUUUGUUCCAGCAACGGCCUUAUCCUGCUCCAGGUGCAGUUUUACGGAGGCAGCAAAAGGAACGAGAGAAUGAGAUCUGUGAAAUGGUUACCAAUGAUGAUGCAUUCCUGGAAUCAACUGAACGAAGGACCGUUACAUUUAGCAUUUCACGUAGGAAUCCAGCUUAUGGAACAGUUCUUGCUCUUUCUGCGACUGGUUUCAGUAUUGAAAAGUCAAUUAUUUUCACUGACGAAAUGUUCAACGAAAUGAUACUAGAUGGGAUGAAAUAUACAAAUGACGCUUCCAUAGCGCGUUUCAUUGUUCGUAGUUCUGAUAAAGCGGGUGAUUUGUUUGGAAGGGAUAUUAUUGAGCAAGCUGUGAUUGAUUUCUGGGUGAUAGCAGUUGAACGGUAUUUAGAGCAUGAUGAUUUGGGGGAUUUGAUGAGAUCAGCUCAAGAAAAAUUAACAAGUAAUUUAUAUCUGUGCCUGAAUCGACGUACACUUGCGGAUAUUAUGCUGUGGACUGUUAUAGCUGCAGAUGCCAAGGCUCAACAACAAAAACCUUUUUCGACAUUCUUUGAAAGUAUACUGUAUGAUCCCUUAUUUGCUGAUGCGCAUCAUGCUAUUGGCAGAUUUCGAAUAGGGAUCCCAGAAAAGUUAGAAAACGAGAAAGUGGAGUCGAAAACUACAAUGGCUAUCAAAGGCCAAAAGGAAUCAACUAAAAGUGUUGAAGGAAAGAAAGCGCAAGACCAACUAAAAGAUGAAGGAAAAUUUAUAGAAUUGCCAGGUGCAGAAAAGGGAAAAGUGGUAGUUCGAUUUCCCCCUGAAGCUAGUGGAUACUUGCACAUUGGACAUGCUAAAGCAGCUCUUUUAAAUCAGUAUUAUCAGCAAGCUUUUGAAGGAGAAUUGAUUAUGCGAUUUGACGAUACGAAUCCAGCAAAAGAGAAUGCUCAUUUUGAACAGGUAAUUUUGGAAGAUUUGGAAAUGUUAGAAGUGAAGCCAGACAGAUGGACGCAUACAUCUGACCAUUUUGACUUGAUAUUAGAAAUGUGCGAACGUUUGUUGCAAGAAGGGAAAGCAUAUGUUGACGAUACGGAUGCCGAAUUGAUGAGAAAAGAACGCGAAGAACGCAAAGAAAGCCGAUGCCGUAAUAAUACUCCCGAACAAAAUUUGGCAUUAUGGGAAGAAAUGAAACGAGCAACCUCAAAAGGACAGAAAUGUUGUGUUCGAAUCAAAAUUGACAUGCAAAGCAAUAAUGGUGCAAUGCGCGAUCCAACAAUUUAUCGCUGUAAAGCAGAAACUCAUGUUCGAACUGGAAAUAAAUAUAAGGUUUAUCCAACAUACGACUUUGCUUGUCCUAUAGUGGACAGCAUUGAAGGUGUUACACAUGCACUUCGUACAACAGAGUAUACAGAUCGUGAUGAUCAGUACUAUUUUAUUUGUGAUGUACUAGGAUUGAGAAAACCAUAUAUUUGGUCCUAUGCUCGACUAAAUAUGACAAAUACUGUGAUGAGUAAGCGAAAACUUACGUGGCUUGUCGAUGAACAUCAUGUGGAAGGAUGGGAUGAUCCACGAUUGCCAACUGUACGAGGUGUUAUGCGACGCGGAUUAACGGUUGAAGGUUUAAAACAGUUUAUUGUUGCUCAAGGUGGUAGUCGUGCCAUUGUCAUGAUGGAAUGGGAUAAAAUUUGGUCUUUUAAUAAAAAAGUAAUUGAUCCGGUUGCUCCUCGUUAUACCGCUCUUGCUUGUCCAGAAAAUCUUGUUCAAGUAGUAGUUACGGAUAAUUUGGCUGAAGAAUCGAAGAAGGUUUCAUUACAUCCAAAGAAUCAUGAAGUUGGAACAAAAACUGUUUGGUACAGCAAAAAAGUGUUGGUGGAAGAAGCUGAUGCACGGGAAAUGAAAAUUGGUGAAUGCGUGACAUUUAUCAAUUGGGGAAAUAUAAAGAUUUGUGACAUAUUAAAAGAUGGUGAUAGAAUAACAGAAAUCAGAGCGAAAUUAGAUUUAGAUAACAAGGAUUACAAGAAGACAUUAAAAGUAACAUGGAUUGCUGAUACGAAAAUGGGACCACAAAUUCCAGUAAAAGUCAUUGAGUAUUCUCAUAUUAUCAGUAAGCCCAUUAUUGGGAAAGAUGAAAAUUGGAAACAGUUCGUUAAUUAUGAUUCUGUGGAAUAUGUCGACUUCAUCGGUGAACCCGCAAUGAAAAAAAUACGUAAAGGGGAUAUUAUUCAGUUGCAACGUAAAGGAUACUAUAUAUGUGAUUUGGAAUAUACGUCAAAAAGCGAAUAUUCUGGUUUUGAAAUGCCUGUUGUUUUGAUUCUCAUACCAGAUGGCAGCAAUAAACCUAUUAAACAAACUCAGACGGCUUCUGCCGUAGAACUGGGAAGAACAAACGGUGGCAUUCAGAUAAAUGGAAAUGCAUCAACAAGUGAAAUGAACAUACUCAAACUUAGUGAACAAAUAAAAGAGCAAGAUGAUGCUAGCGAUUUGUAUCAGAGCAUUGAGAAGCAAGGAAAUCUUGUUCGAUCUUUGAAAGCUAGUGAUCCUAAAAGUGAUGAUACUAAAGCUGCUAUUUCAAAGCUACUGGAUCUUAAAAAACACUACAAGGAUAGAACUGGUUCAGAAUAUAAGCCAGGGUCAACAAUUACAUCGCAAAAGCAAGCAGAUGUGACGACGCGAAAUCUAGAAGGACUGUACAAACAGAUCGAAGAACAAGGUAAUAUAGUUCGUGCACUGAAAGCUGCUAAUCCAAAAAGUGAAGAAGCAAAAGCAGCUAUAGCAGAGCUUUUGAAUUUAAAGCAAAACUAUAAGGAAAUAUCAGGGUUCGAAUAUAAACCGAAGAAUAUACUUGUUAUGCCAUCCGAUAAUAAACUCAGGAGUGAUAGCGCAAAAUGCAAGGAAGCAUUUGCAAAAAAAAUUGCUGAACAAGGCGAUUUGGUGAGAUCACUGAAAGCAAAAGAUGCAAAAUCACAGGAAGCGAAAGAUGCGAUAGCGGAAUUAUUGAAGUUAAAGAAGCAAUACAAGGAUGAAUUUGGUGAAGACUAUACCGCCAAUGCUACUAAUACCAAUUCUUCCACUGCUAAGAAAGUUGUGACAGUUACGAAUGAAGAAAGACAAAAAAGUGAUGGUAAAAAAGAUAAGAAGGAAGAAGUUAAGUCUAAAACAACAUUGGCGUCGAUGGAGAUGGUGAAACAGACAAAGUUAGGCCUGGAUGUUAAGAAGGAAGAGAAUUUAGCAGAAUGGUAUUCGCAGAUUAUAAUAAAAGCGGAUAUGAUCGAAUAUUACGAUGUAUCAGGUUGCUAUAUAUUGCGUCCAUGGUCAUUUGCAAUUUGGGAAAUAGUGAAAAAAUGGUUUGACACAGAAAUUAAGAAAUGUGGCGUACGCAAUUGUUAUUUUCCAAUAUUCGUUUCACAAAAUGGUUUGCAAAGAGAAAAGGAACAUAUUGAUGAUUUUGCUCCAGAGGUUGCUUGGGUAACGCGAGCUGGAAAUUCUGAAUUGAGUGAACCGAUUGCGAUACGUCCUACUAGUGAAACGGUAAUGUAUCCAAGUUAUGCGAAAUGGAUUCAGUCCUAUCGUGAUUUGCCUAUUCGUUUGAAUCAGUGGUGCAAUGUUGUGCGCUGGGAAUUCAAGCAUCCGACACCAUUUUUACGAACACGUGAAUUUUUAUGGCAAGAAGGACAUACGGCUUUUCAAACAAAACAAGAAGCUGAAGAAGAAGUUUUUGCAAUCCUGGAUUUAUAUGCAAAAGUUUAUACGGAUCUGUUUGCUAUACCAGUAAUUAAAGGUCGAAAAUCAGAAAAAGAAAAAUUUGCUGGUGGUGAAUUUACAACUACCGUUGAAGCAUAUGUCCCAGUUAAUGGACGUGGUAUUCAGGGUGCUACAUCUCAUCAUCUCGGUCAGAAUUUCUCCAAAAUGUUUGACAUUUCGUUCGAGGAUCCGGAAACUGGUAAAAAAACAUUUGCAUGGCAAAAUAGUUGGGGCAUGACGACAAGAACAAUUGGUGCAAUGAUUAUGAUUCAUGGUGAUAAUGAUGGCCUAGUACUACCUCCAAGAGUUGCACCUAUUCAGGUGAUUAUCAUACCGGUUGGCAUCGCAUCACAGAUGGAUAACAAAAUAAAGCAGGAAAUAAUUACAAAAAUAGAAGAAAUCAUAAAGACUCUCGAAAACUCCAAAAUUCGAGUCGACAUUGAUUUGCGUGAUAAUUAUUCUCCUGGAUGGAAGUUUAAUCAUUGGGAGUUAAAAGGCGUUCCGAUUAGGCUUGAACUUGGACCGAAAGAUAUUGAAAAAUCUCAGGUCACAUGUGUCACUCGUUAUAACAAACAUAAAUCAGUCAUUCCGAUCGAUAAUUUAUUAGCAAAAUGUUCUGAAUUACUAGAUGAGAUACAUACUAAUAUGUAUAUAAACACGAAAAGGAUACGUGAUGAGCGUCAGAAAAUUACAAAACAUUGGUCCGAAUUCAAAGAACUGCUAGACCAGAAAUGUUUAAUUUUGGCUGCAUUCUGUGGUUUCUCACAAUGUGAAGAUAACAUCAAAAAAGAUAGUUCCAGUGAUGAAUGUGGUCAAACAGGAGCACCACUAAUGGGCGCUAAAACAUUGUGCAUACCACUGGAACAGCCUUCGGAACAAUUACCAGUACAUUGUAUACAUCCAAAAUGCAAGGAACAGCCUAAAUUUUAUGCACUUUUUGGCCGCAGCUAUUAA